AUGACUCUUGACAACUCACCAUACUACGGACUGGGUGAUCGUGCCCAGGGUCAACCUCGCGAUAACACGCAACCACUGGUUAUAUCUGUCGAUGGAGCAUGCAGGGGAAACGGACGAGAACACCGUGAUGCUGCUGCAGGUGUAUUCGUUGACCAGGGAUCGAGAUUUAACGAAAGCAUUCCCCUGAGCCUGGAUAAUCCCAGCAACCAAAAAGCGGAGAUACUUGCUGGAAUCCAUGGUCUUAACAUGGAAGGCACGAGAAAUGGACGGAGAUCUGACUCUGAGUACAUGGUCAAAGGCGUCAACGAAUGGAGUCGUAGGUGGGAGUCAAAUGGAUACCGGACUGCCAAUGGCCAGUCAGUGGUUAAUAGAGAGCUCUUCCAACAACUUAGUUCAGCAAGAGACUCUCUGGAACGAUCCGGUAUAAAAGUCGAAUUUCAGCAUGUUCCGAGAGAGGAAAACCGUGACGCUGAUCACUGGGCCAACCGAGCGUUUGAUAAUUAUUACAACGGUAGUCAGGAUUGUGGUUAUUAUGAAUCUGAAGAAGAUUGUGGGCCCUUAGGGUAUCAACCUGAAUCUUAUACCAACGACGAGGAAGAUUUUGAAGGCCCCCACACUUCUCCAGGAACUUUUAUUGAGCUGGUGGAUGCUCAAGGAUUCUAUGGUUCCUACGGAGACUCGCCUGAUGAUUGCUAUAAUGAUUGCUAUGAUGAUUCCUACGGAGGUUCUUACGGAGACUCGCCUGACGAUUGCUAUGAUUAUUCCUACGAUGAUUACUAG